UUCUUCCCAGCAGUAAAGAGGGGGUGGGCUUACAGCGGUGCUUUGCGGAAUCUUCCAUCCUCCGCCUGCUGACUGUUCACAGCAGAAAGGAGACUGAGAAACUGGAGACAGGGAGACAGAGGCGAUGGCAGCCGGCGGAGGAUGCGGGGAGACCGUGGACCAGUACCGAGCGGAGGUGGAGCGGCUCACCCAGGAACUUGCGGAGGCUAACCGGGAAAAAAUCCGGGCUGCAGAAUGCGGUCUUGUUGUUCUGGAGGAGAAUCAGACUCUAAAACAGCAGUAUGCCGAUCUGGAAUCGGAACAGGAGACCCUAAAGCAGGAGUUGGAGCAAUUACAGGAGGCGUUCGGCCAGGCCUACUCAGCCCAGCGGAAGGUGGCGGAGGACGGGGAGACCAACGAGGAGAGCCUGCUGCAGGAGUCGGCCUCCAAGGAGGCGUACUACAUGGGCCGCCUGCUGGAGCUGCAGGCGGAGGUCAAGAUCAGCCGCUCCGUGGCGUCCAACUGCCAGGCGGAGAACGAACGCCUAGCCGCCCUCGUGCAGGAGCUACGAGAGAGCACAGAGGCCCUGGAGCUGCAGAGGACCAGGAUGAGGGAGGAGGUCAGGGAGUACAAGUUCAGAGAGACACGGCUGCUGCAGGACUACACUGAGCUGGAGGAGGAGAACAUCACCCUGCAGAAACUGGUCUCCACCCUCAAGCAGAACCAGGUGGAGUACGAGGGGCUGAAGCAUGAGAUCAAGGUGCUGGAGGAGGAGACGGUUCUCCUGAACAGCCAACUGGAGGACGCGCUACGUUUGAAGGACAUCUCCGAAAGCCAAUUAGAGGAGGCCCUGGACGCGCUGAAGAGCGAGCGCGAGCAGAAGAACAGCCUGAGGAAGGAGCUGGCCAAUCACAUCAGCGUGAGCGACAGCGUGUACGGCGCCGGAGCCCACCUGGCUCUGGACGGCCUCAAGUUCCCAGACGACACCCCGACCAAUGGGACGGCAGGGCCCCUCGGCAACGGCAACAGCGAGGACAGCAACCGCUGUAACGGACACCUGCACGGAGGCACGGGAUUGGCUAAGAUGAACGGGGAGUUCCGCUCCUCCAGGAAGGGGGAGGGUCUGAAUCCAGUGUCUGAUCUCUUCAGCGAGCUCAACCUGUCAGAGAUGCAGAAGAUGAAACAACAGCUGCUGCAGGUGGAGCGAGAGAAGGCCGUGCUGCUGCUGAGCCUCCAGGAGUCCCAGACCCAGCUGCAGCACACGCAGGGCGCCCUGUCCGAACAGCACGAGCGCAUGCACCGCCUCACCCAGCACGUCAACGGACUGAGGCGUUGCCACGGCGACGACAAGAACGCCGACGAGCAGGAAAGCGAGAAGCCCGACGGCAGCCCCUCCCCCCCCGGUCGCCACGCCGACAACGAGGUGGUGGACAUGGACAUCCACGGGUUCGAGAUCCUGGAGUGUAAGUACAAGGUGGCGGUUACCGAGGUGAUCGAUUUGAAGGCGGAGCUAAAGGCCCUGAAGGAGAAGUACAACCAGUGCGUGGAGGGCCAGGGGGAGGAGCUAAGCGGACGAGAGGGGUGCGUCCAGGCGCUGAACGAGCAGGUGAUUCGCCUGGAGCGAAGCUCCCGCGAAGGCCGCGAGAAGCUGACGUCCCUGGAGGCGGAGCUGACGUCCCUGGAGGCGGAGCUUCGGGCGGCGACGGGCAUGGCCGGGGAGACCCAGGCCAUGCUGAACACGGCGCAGGACGAGCUGGUGACCUUCAGCGAGGAGCUGGCCCAGCUCUACCACCACGUCUGCCUCUGCAACAACGAGACGCCCAACCGCGUCAUGCUGGACUACUACCGCCAGAGCCGUGUGACCCGCAACGGCAGCCUGAAGGGCCCAGAGGACCCGCGCGCCCUCCUCUCCCCUCGCCUGGCCCGCCGCCUGGCCGCCGCCGCCGCCUCGCUCGAACCCCCGCGCAGCCCCCUGGACUCCCCCUCCCGGGACCCCCAGGGAGGGGACGCCUCCGCAGGGGGGCGGGAGUCCCCGGCCCCCGGUGCACUCACCCAGGGCAGCCCCACCCGGACCCCCAUGGGCUCCCCGGUCAUCAGCAUCUCUCCCUCCCCCUCCCCGGUGCCCGAGGCUGGGGGGGACCUCCGCAAGGAGCCCAUGAACAUCUACAACCUGAACGCCAUCAUCCGGGAUCAGAUCAAGCACCUCCAGCGGGUUGUGGACCGCUCCCUGCAGCUGUCCCGGCAGAGGGCCGCGGCCAGGGAGCUGGCCCCCAUGCUGGACAAGGACAAGGAGGCCUGCCUGGAGGAGAUCCUCAAGCUCAAGUCCCUGCUCAGCACCAAGAGGGAGCAGAUCGCCACCCUCAGGCUGGUCCUCAAGGCUAACAAGCAGACGGCGGAGGUGGCCCUAGCUAACCUGAAGAGCAAAUACGAGAACGAGAAGUCGAUGGUGACGGAGACCAUGAUGAAGCUGAGGAACGAGCUGAAGGCCCUGAAGGAGGACGCCGCCACCUUCUCCUCGCUGCGCGCCAUGUUCGCCACACGGUGUGAUGAGUAUGUGACCCAGCUGGAUGAGAUGCAGAGGCAGCUGGCCGCGGCCGAGGACGAGAAGAAGACCCUGAACUCGCUCCUCCGCAUGGCCAUCCAGCAGAAGCUGGCCCUGACCCAGCGCCUGGAGGACCUGGAGUUCGACCACGAGCUGACCUACCGCGGCCGCGGAGCCAAGGUGCCCAGGAUCAGGACCAGCCCGCCCAAAGUAAGUCGCCGGGCGGCAGUCACCGCCCCCCCCAGCCCCACCAUGGUCCACAGACCCUCCGGUAUCACCAUCACCCCCCAUUCCUUCCACCACACCACCCUGAGCAGCUCUCCUUCCCUGGAGCUCCCCCCUUCCCUGUCCCUGUCCCCAUCCCCCUGGUCGUCCCCAGACCCACCACCCCAGACCUCCACCCUGCCCCCCCUGGGGCACCCCGAUUGGUCCCUGGGCACCCAGACCUUCCUCAUAGACCCCCAUGCUCUCAGCCUGGAGUUCAGACGGCUCGUCCACACUCGAGACUCCACCCAGCGGUCGCCUAGCUCCGCCCCUGCAACCCCCUACCGGCGGAGUAGGUGAACACCCAACACACCCUCCGGGCCACCCCUUGCCCUUGUGCCUACAGUUCCCAGAAUCCCCCAGCCGGGCUGAGAGGAUUGGUAAAGACACUGAGAGGAAGACAGACUGGUUUCCACUCUCUCACAUCCUGUGACUAUCUUCUCAGGGACAUGAUAUGAUGAGGGGCCCGAUGAGAAAAAAAGAUAGUUUGUGACUCAGUUUGGUAGGAUACUUCAGAUGAUGUGUUCUUGCUCUGUAUAGUUACAUUAUAACAAGUGAAUGUGGAUACAAAACCCAGGCGAUCCAAAGUUUUACAGAUAGAUACACCGACGGAUAAAUUGCAUUUUAGAAACAGUUUGAUGGAAAUCAUUUGAAGGCGAUCUUUCUCUCCUUUUUCUGUUAUUUGACACCAUGCAGUGUGGUUGUAUAGGAUUUCCCCCUGUAGCUAUUUGGCUCAGAAAAGCCUGAAAGAUUUCAGAGUGGGAGCUGAGUGCUCUGCUAAGUGUCUCACAUCAUCGUUCUCAUCUCGCCUCCUCUGGUAACCAUCAUUUCACACCCACGAUCAACAGUCAGGCCAUCGAUUUCCCCUGUUUUUCUUCAUUGCAUGUGUUAAUCAUUCACUUGGUGUCAUGAAAAUGAGCUUGUAGCUGACUUACUAGCCUGGCUGUGUCCACCCUUACUCAGCCUGGGAGGACUGUUGUGAUGUGGUAUUCAUUUACCGACAGCGCCACCUGGUGGCCGAGUCCUAGAAGUACAGCCAACCGUCAACUCCCUCCAAAUCAUCAUAAACAGUAUGAAUGUACGGCAAAAUUGCUCAUUUAAAGUUUGUAUUGAUAAACCCUGUAGAAACCUCUGUAGAAAUCAUUACAGUUCGUAGAAACCUUGAAGUUUCUUUUUUUUUCUUGUGUUACGAUAUCAUUGUUAAGGCAUGCUGUGGUAUUUCCAAUUGUUCCACCUCCUGCUGCGGAGCAAAAAGCAUUUGACAGGCGAAUCCUUCUCUGGGUUUGAUUAGCCAGGUCUGUAGGGAGAGCGCUCCACCCCAGAGCAGCGUGGAAACCAGUGUGCCUCCUCUCCGCGUCCAGAUUGUCUACACUGCAGCCAGGUUGUUGAGAAGAUACAGGCAUGUUGUGAUGGAUAUUUCUUAGGAUAUUCCAAGCAUGUUCUAGUGUUGUGAGAUCCGAUCAACCGCUGUGUAGCUGCAGUGUAAGGCACCUGGAAUGACCUCAGUGGCCCCUGACAACUCUCCUGGGAAACCCCAACUAGCCCUGGCCUAACUGGAUGUCACAGGCCCUUAGAUAGUCGCCCCCCCCCCCCCACCCCUCCCUCACCCCUCCUCUCCCCCACACCCUCCUGCCUGCAGGUGUCUCAUCCUCCAUGUCCGGCACUGGUACGAGAGGCUGUCCUGUCAAAUGCUGUUUGUGCCUUUCCCUUCCUCUGACAAUCAGAAUACAAGCAUGCCACGUUGUAUAUCUGAAGACAGCAUCCUUGUUUAUGCUCACUUAGAUUACCGUAAAGGCUCGUUCACACUGCCCAAACACACACCAACACGCACCAACAGACAGAAGUUGUUGGGUUGUGUCGGUUUGGUGCGAUGUGCCUGUUGGUGUUUGUUGGAGCUGUGUGAAAACGACAGUUAUCUUUCCAAACGUUCUAAACCCAACAGCCGACAGGAGAAUGGUUGGUGCUUGUUGUGGUUUGUUAGACAUUGUCGGUGCAGUGUGAACUGGCCCUUAAGUCCCAAUGUUGGUGACACACAUGGGAGCAGCACCAGCUCUCUGUUGAAGCGUCAUGGUGGACUGCGGACGAACGGUGUGGAUCCAUGCUGCUGGGUUUGUGGUUCAUGUACAGGCGUGUUCUGCUGUGUGUUAUAUCCAUGAUGUUUGUAUGUGUUUCUUUUGUGCAGCACAGACAAAUACAGUACUGGAUUUGAACGUGUGCGUAAACGCUUUGUCUUUUGUCUCCUGGUGUGUCCUUUUUGUGUGUGCCUGUAUUCUUGGUUGUGAGUUGUGUGUGUGUGUGUGUGUGAGUGUUUGGUUAUAAGAUAAGAU